GCCGCCUUCAUAUAGUCAUACGCACCGGUCAAACGUACACGGUCGUCCCGCGUGCGGUUGUCGUCCGUUUUUUUUUUGGGUUUUUUCCGUUUUUUAUUUUACGUUUUUUAAAAAUUCUCCUCCGUAACCGACAGUGGAAACCCAAAAAAAAAAAAAAAGAUCGUCGUCGUGAGACAGUGCCUAAUGUCGAAAUAUACGACUUUUGAAUAAUAUCGAAUUUAUAUCAAAGUCGUUGUUGCUAUAUUUUAUACAUAAUAUAAUUACAAUAUAAUAUACGCGCUGUGAUAAUAUUAUAUUAUUAAUUUGUCAAAUAAUAAUAAUCGUGUACGCGCGAUUGUGCCGUUGUCGAGACACUACGUUUUCCGUGCGAGCAUUCGUCGGAGUGCGAGUGCGUUCGUCCGUGUUACCGUCCGUCCGUUAAGCUGGAGGGCUUACCCGCGGUGGCCGGCGGAGAGGGGCUAAGGCUGGCCGCGGCCACCGGCGCCCAGUACCGCCGGGUCGACGACGAGUCGAAGCUCGCGCACAAGUUCCAUCCGGCCGGAUUCGAGUUCUACCGGAACCUGCACAAGUUCCACAACCUGAACAACAACAACAACCACAGCAGCAAGAACAACAACAACAACGACUCGCCGCCUUCGGACAAGGCAGCCGCAGCGGCGGCCGCGGCCGCGGCCAUGAUCCUGCAACAGCACCACCGCAUCGGCGGUCUGCUGGCCGGCCGGCGACCGUCGUCCUGCGACGCCACUGCCGCCGCCGCCGCCGCCGCGGCCGCUGCCGACCAACAGCCGCUCGACCUCAGCUCGCUGUCCGUGCCCAAGUACAACAACGGCGGCCGGGCGCAUCCGUACUUUACGCAUCAUCAUCACAGCCGGGUGGCGGCCGGCCACCAGCAGUCGUCCGCCAAGUCGACGGUGUCGUCGCCACCGCCGCCGCAGGUGCUGAUGCGCGCGGUCCACGCGGCCGUCGGUUCGUCGUCCGACGACGACGAGGACGAGGACGACGACGACGACGAAGACGACGAACGCGGCAGCAUCGGUGGCAGGAGGAGUCGCGGCGAUCAGUCGUCGCCGAUACCGCCGCCCACGCCCAACGAAAACGACGCUUCGGAACGACUGAUGCACCUCGAACACAAAUUCUACUGCCGAGAUGGUACCGAUGCAGAGAGUAUUAAAAGUGCCAAGUCUCAAUCACCAAUUCCAGAAGAAGAUGAUAAUGGUGAAGAGGAAAGGGUGGAAGAUAUCGUUGAUCACAGCGAGGACAGUACUGGAAGUGAUUUGUUGCUCAACUCAGAUGGAUCACCAGAUAGAAUUGGAGCAUUAAACUUGGUUUCGCACAGACAUUCUGGUAGCUCUUCGAGCUCAGGCGUUAGCAGUACCGGACCAUCGGGAAAUUGUUCAGCAAAUGUAACAAGUGGCAGUGAUCCAUUAGCUGCACUACAAAGUCAGCAAUUCGCACAGAUUCCUGGGUUGGGAGUCUUAUCACCGCAAAGUAAUCCAUUAAUUGGAAGUCCUCCUGGAGGUCAAUCUUCUCUUACACCUCAAGAACUUCAAGCACUUUUCCAGCAACAAAUUCAAUAUUUAUUAAUGAGACAGUCUACAGCAACACAUCAGAACCAGACUCCAUUUUUUUUCCAAAAUCAAGUCCACCAAGCAUUGACGCAAGCAUCACUUCAACUACAACAGAUCCAACAGGCUCAAAAUAUGACUAACAAUCAUCAACAUUCUCCAGUUGGCAAUGGUCCUAAUCAGUCAGCACGUCCAGCUGGUUCUUCAACACCAUCCCAUCAUUCUAAACACUCUGCUCAGACCCAAUCAUCUAAUAAUGACUUGGAUCCAUCAGCGGCAGCCGCUCUUAGCCGACUGGCAGAAACCAAAACUAGCACUGAUGAUACCACCGAUCUCGAAGAAUUAGAACAGUUUGCUAAACUCUUUAAGCAAAGACGCAUUAAAUUAGGGUUUACUCAAGGUGAUGUGGGCCUUGCAAUGGGAAAACUAUAUGGCAAUGAUUUUUCUCAAACAACAAUAUCUAGGUUUGAGGCGUUGAAUUUGUCUUUUAAAAACAUGUGCAAGCUAAAACCACUGUUGCAAAAGUGGCUUGUAGAUGCUGAUAGUACAAUGACUAACCCCAGUGCUUUGUGUAAUCCUCUGACAACACCAGAAGCAAUUGGAAGGCGUCGCAAGAAACGUACAUCUAUUGAAACAUCUAUAAGAUAUUCUCUAGAAAAAGCAUUUAGAGCAAAUCCUAAGCCUACAUCUGAAGAAAUAUCUAUAUUGGCUGAUAACCUAUCCAUGGAAAAAGAAGUGGUUCGUGUUUGGUUCUGCAACCGCAGGCAAAAAGAAAAACGCAUUAAUCCACCAACAACAACUAUGGCUGGUCAAACUACAUCUACCAACACAGAUAUGUUCACCGCUUCAAUGUCAGUACAAAAUCAGAGUGAUAUGUUUCCUAUGCUUACUUCUCCAGGACAUCCACUGGCACUUGUAUCUUCUCCAUCGAUUGGAGGUCAUCACCACCAUCACCACCAUCAAAGUAACAGUGAGUGACAUUGGUCCAUCUCAUCGUCCCUAAAUAAUGGAUUUGAUGAGCUCGGUCAACGUAGAUAUUUCAGGGCUCCUAUUGAUGGCAAAUUAUCACUCUGUUAGUCACAUCAAAAUUUGAAUUGACUUUCAUAUUGAAAAUAAGCAAAAAAUUCCUAUUUGAAACAAAUAAUUAAAAAUAAAAACAUUUAAAAGAUCUAUCCUCGCAAUACUUAAUUAAGUAAAUCAAUAAUGAUUUAAUUUAUAACAAUAUAAUGUUUAUAUUAUAAUAUAUGUAUACCUAUAUCUGUUUAUAAAUAGUUUGUACAUACAAUUAUUAUUUUGCAACAAACAAAGUAAUAGUGGUUAGUAUUUCAAUAAUUAAUAGUACUUAUUACUUAGUAACUUAAAUUUAGAUAAGUAUUUUUCUUUUUUUUUUUUUUUUGAUCUGUUGUAACAAUGUUAGUGAAAUAUUUAAUUUCUUUUCACAUUGUAAAUAUUAACAUUAAAUUUGGGGAUUAAUCAAAAUAAUGUCAUUGUCGAUCUGAAAAUCAAACUUUUUAAGUUUUAUUUUGUGCUAACAAGCGCUCUUUCUUUUGUUAAUUAAUUUAUAUGUAAGUAUUUUUUUUUCAAUGUGUUUUUUCGAUGAAACUGUUUUAGUGAUAGUUCAUACGUGUAAGUGAUUAUUAUAUUAAUCUGGAAAUUGUAUUGAACUAUAAUAUUAAAAUAUUCAAAGUUAUUAGUCUUGGAAAACUACCAUGUCUUGCAGAACAUUAUGUAUAUUAAAUUUGUUAUUGUUUUUCAUUGUUACACCAUUGCAGGUGGUGGAUUUUUUUGAGAUCAAAUACACUUUGGUAGUGUCAAUGAUGUUAAAAUUAUACAAAUACAUAACCUGGAGACUUGAAAAAAAGUACAAUUUUUUUUUUUAAAAAAGAAGAAGAAUUUAAAAUAUAAUGAAUCAUUUUAAGGAGACAAUAACAAAUUUCAUAAUUCAUUGUUUGCUGUGUUUUAUUAGCGUGACUUUAUAACUUGAACCUAUUUAUUUAAUACAUUUUGAUUUUUUUAUUAAUCUGUUCAAAUUCAAAAAGUAAAUUCAAAAUCAAUAAUUAUCGGUUUUUGGGUCCAUUCACAGCAUACGAAACUUUUUUUUAAAUUCACAUAUCAUUAAAAUCCACCUUUUUAUUCAUUUCACAAAAGUUCCUAAAGUCUUGCCUGUAAGGCAAUUGUGUAUAGUCAUUAAUCAAUUCUUAUCAUAAUUUAAGUCCUAGUGAUUAUUUGCCAGUUAUUAUUUUGAAACGAUUCCAUUAAGUGUUUUACCAUAACCUAAACAAUAACCAGGGAUUAAAAACAUCACCAGGAAUAUUAUAAAGAACAAAUCAAUUUUUGCUUGAUUUCAACAAAAUUGUUGGUAAACAUUAUCAAUCCCAUACAAAAAUAUAGUCUUAUAGUCGUAGGGAAUAAUAUUACAUACAUUAGUGUUAUCAGCCUCUCUACAUUAGGUAUUAAUUUUUUUCAUUUUUAUUCUAAUGGUUUUUUUCUAUAUGUUGUUCCUAAAAUUAUGUGUUCAGCCUUUUUCAUUGACAUAGCUUACAAAGCCAAUUUCAACAUAUCCCAUAACCCUGACAUAAAAUUCAAAAUAGUCUUUCAUAGUAGUUUAAUAUCUUAUACUAGAAAUGUUUUUUUGUGAAUUAAAAGUUGUGCUUAGUGUUUUGAUUUCUGGCACAGAACAACAGUGACAGUGUAUUGUGUAAGUUCACCAUCGAGAUAUUUAACUCCAAAAUGUGAACGGAUCAAAUAACCAGCCAUUGAACAUGUUUGCUUUUAACAAUAUUUGAAAGUAUGCUUAUGUUUUUAAUUGUGCUAAAAAGGUUAGCAUCUUUACCAAGUUCAAUAACAAAUAUAACAUCAAAAAAUUCAAUGUAUACCGUUCCAUUGUUCAUAUCAUUAGAAUAGAGAGGUGUGUUAACGUAAAUUAAUUAAUACAUAAAAUAACGUGUGUAUAUAAUAUGUGUGUAUGUUAUAUAAGCGCGCGCACACACAUUAUACAUAUAUAUACAAUUUUAUAAAUUUAAGUUAAAUUAAAUAGUUAAUAAGUGUAUUUGUGUUUUUUAUUAUUAUAUUAUAAAUAUUAGGGGCCGUGCUAUCGGUUUUGUAUACGUCAAAAAGUGUCAGGUAACUAAAUUUUAAGGAUAAAUUCAUCUUAGUCUUAUUAGUAUGUGUAAAAUAUUAAGAUAAUAAAGUAAAGAUUAACUGAAAA